GCCUCAGAGUGAGGAGUGGUAUCACGAGUUGCUCACUCACGCACUCAGUAACUUCCCAUCUUCAAGCCCCCUUUUCUCUCCUCCAACAGACCCAUUGCUUCUGGAACCUCGCUCCGAGCUCGCUUAGAAGAGCUUCUCCCAAGUGCCCCAAACGAUUGGGCUCAGAUGGAAACCCAAGCUAACCCGUCAAAAGUCAGGAUCAUCGAAAUAAAGUUUCACCCGAGUCAUGAAGCUUUACCUCUUGAGGAAGCGCCGCGCCAUCUUGAUGCCGGGGCUUUUCUCAAAAGGGACCAUUCGGGAAACGUGGGUGCGAAAAAAACAGGAGCACGGUUGCAUUAUGUGAUUAUCAUUCUUUUUUUAAACUCACAGACUCAUUCCAUCUCACUCUUUGUUCACUUCCCACUUCCUUGCGAGGAAGACGCCUGGACCAUCAGGUCCGUCGAUGGAGUCUUGAAGAAAAAGCUUCGACCAUUCGGCUACUGUAGUGUAGGUAGUUGAGCUAUCACUCCCUAACCUAAGGUAUCAUUGGAUUGAGAACGCCAAGAAAGGUUGUCUCCGAAAUGGAUAUAAUUAGACGUUGCUUCACUUUAUUUCGUUCGCAGUCAACUAACAGACAGCUUCAACCUGGAUGACCACCACCACCACCACCAAAUACAGCACAGUACUCUGCUUCACACUCUCUCAACACCACGAUUAUGCGAUCAAUACUCCCUGUUCCAACCCCACCACCCGAAUCAUGUCCCUACUCUCGCGAAUCAAACUACCAAGCUUCCGCCGAUGUCAUUCCUCUGCUCAUUGAUGAUACAUACCACGUCUUUCACCUCAGCACCCCGCCAGCCACAAAGCACCACCCAGAGCGUCUAAGAGCAACAUGGUCGCGACUCCGAUCAACAAAUCUUAUCGAAUGGGAGCGUGAUCCAGAGCCUGUCUUGUCACCUGGUGAGUCAAGCUCUGAUCCAGAUGCCGAUGGUGCUUGGACUGGGUGCACGGUGCUUGACUUGGACCAAAACAUGAACAUCUUUUACACGGGGUAUAAUUUGUCGCAAAAUGGUCGACAGACGAUACUUCGUGCCAAAGCAAAAGAUCUUCAUGGUGCGAGGUUUGAGAAAGACGCAACACCAGUCACAAUUCAUCCCCAAGGACUCGAUAAGUAUGAGGACAUUGACUUUCGAGAUCCCUUUGUCUUUUAUAACCGCGCCGAAGGUCGAUAUUGGAUGCUUGUAGCUACUCGACUGGCCAAUGGCCCGUAUUGGAGUCGCGGAUGCAUCGCAUUGUUAACAUCCCCGGAUCUCGAGGCCUGGACCGUUGCGCCUGAACCUCUAUACGCCCCCAACGACGUCUUCUGUCCCGAAUGUCCAGAGAUCUUCACACUGCCCAACGGAAAGUGGUAUCUUGUGUACUCGCGCUUCCACGCUCCCAAUGCAGGAACAGUAUAUCGCAUCGCUGACGCACCAUACGGACCAUUCCGCGUGCCAAGGGAUGGAUCUCAUGGCCGACUCGACGGGCGCCGUUGGUACGCAGCCAAGUCAUGCCCUAAAGCGGGAGAUCCCGACAAGAGAAUCACCUUUGGCUGGAUUGGAGACUACGCGGACGAUGAGAAGAAGUGGCUUUGGGGAGGUGAUCUUGGUGUCACUAGAGUUAUGUGGGCGGACACAAACGCCUGCCUGCGCAUUGAUGCUUCUCAAGAGUUUAGAAGUUACAUAUGGCGAUGCUCCAAGCCUGUUUCGCCUAGCAAUGCUGCUCCAAGCUUAUAUCUCUGCUCCCUCGGCACAACAGCGACUCAUUUCCCUGAGCUGGGCUCUGCGGAGUGGAAGAAGGAUCUCAUGGUAGACUUCAAAGUCGCAGCUUGUGAUGCCCAUACUUUUGGCGUCAUGCUUCAGACCGACAGCUCAGGUAAAGGUCAUCGUCUCCAGUUCAACUCGCAGGGAAACGGCUUCUUCUCCGUCGCCCUCAUGACCGACUUUCCACCCCUCGACGAUUUCUGGGCAGAUCAGUACCGUAUUUAUAUCCCCCGACCUGUCGACGGUCCCGAAUUAGUACGACACGAUAACGUCAGUCUCGUCGAUGGAGUCUUCCUCUUUUUGAGGGGUCAGCUCGUCGAGGUAUUCUGCGGAGGACGAGCGCUGAGUUUCCGACUACCUAUACCGCCCAACUGGGCAAGCGGCGAGCGUGACGGUGUGCGCAGGUUGGGAUGGUUUGUGGAAGAUGGUAUGGUUGAUUUAGUUGAUAUUAAUAUGCGGCAUUCGAGGGGUUGCAAGGACAGCUCAGUUGAGUCUGACAAUGGCCUCGAAGAUGCUGACUAAUUUCUUCUAUUAACCUUUCCGCCGCAUUCCUCCCAUUUGCGGCCCCUUCAUCCAAGAUCUCUCUGCGGCAUCAUAGGAUUUGGUUGAAUGACCAAACCGCUGAGAAGAUCAUAAGGCCCCGACGCGCCCGCAGCGAGGUCCCAGUCGCCGAAAUCAGUAUAUUCAUAAACAUCAGCACCAUAAUUGCCCAUCAUGGGGCUAACUUUAUCAUUAAGCGGCUCAUUCAAAUUUACCGCAAGAGAAUGCUCCAGGCCGCGCAAUAUAGCCCCCUCCAGUCGAUUAACUGCAUAUUGCAUCGGUUGGUGGCUUUUGCUCAUCAUGCGAAGGUUCCAAAGAUACGAGUUCAGGGUUUCCUGCCAGAAAUGUCGCUCCUGCGAUGAUAACGAAGUGACGAGAAGUAAUGUGGUGAAGGAGCCGAGGAGCGAGAAGAGGUAGGGUGACGUGAAGUACCAAAACGCCUCGAGAUGGUCAGGUCGCAAGCUUAUAACAAAAGAUAUGGCGCUCUGAGCUGUCUGAAGCGCAAUCUGUCGAAUGCUGGAGAGGACUCGAUCGUCCGAACACCGCGGUGGGAGUGCUGUAGAGCGUAUUAAGCGGCGCAGCAGGGUCAUUACGACGCCGUAGUAGGAGAAGUGCAGAUAUCCGUGGAAGCACAGUUUGCGCUGGUAAAUAACGUUCAUCUGCAGUGUCGGCGGAAUGCUAUGGUACCAAUUCGUCAACAUCUCGAACAGCGGCCGGGCUUUUUCCCAGAGAAUAAUGGUAUCUUGCUCACGACAGGUCCGCGCUGUGUAAAAGUUGGAGUAGACAACGGAUAGAAUCUGCGUCAACCGCACCAUCUGUAUAAACUGCGUCAUGCCAGUCGCAGCAAUAGAUCUCCGGUCAUCAUCAGAGCCAGAUACAGAAACAGAACUAGAAACCGAUCCAGAAGCGGACACCGAAGCUGCGUGGCCUUCGCUGUCGAAAUCAGAAAAAUCGCCCGGUGUAAGAUCGCCCACUGUCCAGUCAUCGUCGUGAAUAUGCACAGGACGUCCGUAAGCCAAUGCCGUCCAGCGAUCCUGCAUGAAUAGCGCCCAGCUGAGCCGCUUGCGAACAUUGCGCUCCCAUUGCGGAAUAGUCCAGUUGCUCGCAUCAAGGUGAAGCCCAAGACAUUGGCCGAUCGCAAGCGCCUGGCAGGUCAGGCCCCAUUGGAACGUGUGGUCCGGGUUGAGGGGGUCCUCGGGCUGGCACUGCAGCAGAAGGAGGGCGGCCUGGAUGGAACUGAGCUUUGGGCGGUGAUAAGAUGCCGGUAUGGCAGACCGUAGCAUCCUGCGGAGGAGGGCGGCGUCAGGGGGGUUUCUGAUGGAGAGCUCAGGGUCGUAGGUCCACCAGCGAAUGGCGGAUAGAUAGAUGGCUCCGAGGAGGGCGGCGGGAAUCCGUCGGUAUGACUGGCUGUAGGCAAGGGUAAAGGGGUCCUUGGAGAGGAUGGGAUAGCAAGGUUGGACGUGUCUCCAGAAGAGCUCAACGAGACUUGGGCCGUGAGGACGAACACAACUCUCGAUGGCGUCGACCUGAGAAAAUGUCGGAUCGCCUUCAACUGCUUUUUCGUCACGAGCCAUGUGAAAUGUCAAGGGAUACUCCUGACCGUCAUCUCUCUCCAGCACGCGUCGAAUAGCAUGUGUGUCGAGACUAAACUCGUGAGUCUGAGGAUCGUAGGGUCGAUGUCGCAUUAGUAUAGGUUCCAUAUCGCUCCCAAGACCAUAAAGCUCUGCAAACCGCGUAGACGAGCAUCCCAUAGUGCGAUCCAGGGG